AUGAUGCAGCCUGAGAUCCAGAAGUCCCAAUGGUCAUUUCAUGAAGUCAUGAACUCAACUUUUGAUGAACUUGUUGAGCCCUAUGACUUCACCAUAGAUGACUAUGUUGGUGAAUGUGGGACCUAUGGCUUUGCCAUGGAUGACCAUGUUGGUGAUUGUGGAUUCAAUACUCUUUUCAGAACUCCUCAGGAUAGUGCUUCUGAAGUUUUCUCUAUUCCCUUUCCUAACACCAUGUUAACCAAUGAUCAUAUCCAAUACCCAAUUGAGCAAGAAACCCUGCAACUUCCAUCACUUAUGGAAGAUUUCCCCAUGGAAUUGGAUGAUUUUGAUUCCAUUCUGAAUGCUCAGGUUGUUGGUAUUGAUGGCUAUGGAUGCCAAGAAGAAAGUGAAGGUAGCUUCCCUUCACAGAAUUUAUCCAGUGAGGUAGAAGAUGCAUGGAGUCCUACCCCAUCAGUGAAGUCACAAUUGUCCUCAAUUCAACCUUCACCAACCUUGCCACAAGAAGGCAUGGAAAUUGACAACCAAGUGAGUCUUCCACAUCUUAUGGAGGCUUGUGGAGAAGCCAUGGAGCAAGCACAAAAAGCACUAGCUGAAGUGAUCUUGAGAUGCAUAAGCCAGAAAGUUAGCCCACUUGGUGAAUCUCUUGAGCGCCUUGCAUUCUAUUUGUCUCAAGAUAUGACAAAUCAAGGAGAAAAUCUCAAAGGGGAGGCCUUCAAAAACUUUGAGGCUUCUUUGAGGGCAUUCUACCAAGGGCUCCCAAAUGGAAAAGUUGCUCAUUUUGCAGCUGUUUCAGCAGUUCUUGAGGCUAUACCAGAAGAUUGUGAUGUUAUACAUAUAAUAGACUUUGAUAUGGGACAAGGGAUUCAAUGGCCUCCAAUGAUUGAGGCCAUUGCUUGCUUGCACAAAACAUUGAAGUUGACAUCUAUCAAAUGGGGUGAUGAAAGCCCUGAAUCUUUGUCCACUCCAUGGACUUUUGAGGAAAUCAGAAGGCAGCUCUAUGAGCAUGCCAAAUCCUGUGGUUUGAAGUUGAAGGUAGAGGAAAAGGGAGUGGAGGAAUUGAUCACUGAGAUGAAGAAAAUGAACAAAAGGGGUGGGAAGAGAGAGUUUUUGGCCUUCAAUUGCAUGGUGGGACUUCCACAUAUGGGGAGAGUAAUGAGCAGAAGACAUGUCUUGGAGUUUCUAAGUUUAGCUAAGGAUUUGAUCAACAACUCUGGCAACAGGGGAAUUGUCACUUUUGGGGAUGGGGAUGCAUUUGAGAAAGUGAAAAAUAGCUUGAAUUUCAGGUCAUUCUUUAAUGGACAUUUGGUGCAUUACCAGGCCUUGUUAGAAUCAAUCGAGUCACAUUUCACAACUCAUUUGUCAGUAGCAAGAACUGGCAUGGAGUGCUUAUUUGUGGCACCUCAUAUCUCUUCUCUUGCUUGGUUACAAACAUGGGAGGAGAUGAAAAGGGAUUGCAAUCUUCAUGCAGAUAUAAGCAUGGAGGGUUGUAGAUUGAGCAAAAAGAUUUUAAUGGAAGUCACAGAAGUUUUGAGAGGAAGUGAAGGUUCAUAUCAGGCCAGGAUUGAAGGACAAAAUGGUAAUGAACUUGUUAUUGAAUGGAAAGGAACCCAACUAUUAAGAUUUUCGACUUGGAAAAUUUAA